AUGAAGGAGCUCAUGUAUCUUAAGCCUCUGAUACUAUUCAGAAUUAUUAAUGCGUUGCUUACCAAAUCUUUCUUUCAAGCUGAUGAAUUCAUGCAAUCGCUUGAACCAGCACACGUAAAAGUGUUUGGUUAUGGUCAAUUAACGUGGGAAUGGCAGCAUGGGAUUAGGAGUUAUGGAUUUCCAUUCAUAUUUGAGUUAGUUUAUUACUGCGUGAUAUUCUUGAGUAAAUUGAGCUCAAUUAUUGUAUCUAUGGCGGUUGAAUGCUAUCAUCAAUUAUUUAUCGUAUCUUUCCCAAAUAGUAAACUGGGUUUGGAUAUGUUAAAUGAGAUGGUCAAGUUCCCAGGAGAAAUUGAGACUUUUGUGGAGUAUUACGGAGUCUGGUAUGGACCAAAGAUAGCAAUGGCGGUUAUUGCCGCCAUUGGUGAGUUCUAUAGCAUGCUAUUUAUAGGAAAAAUCUUCCAAAGGAUAAUGAAUAAGGAGGAUGAUAAGGUUCAGGAGAGCGAAUCCGUUAAGAAAAUAGCAAUGGUUUUAUCUUUGACCAACUUUUUCAAUUGUUUUUUUAUUACACGGACCUUUAUCAAUUCCUUUGAAAUGGCGCUAACAAGUGCAGCCUUGUAUUACUGGGAUUGGGAUGGUGGACUUGGAAUAAAAGGCUCUGAUUUUACGAAAAGUUUAGCAAUUUCCAUAUUUGCAACUUUCCAAAGACCUACUAACAUUAUACUCUGGGCUGUUUUGGGAGCACUUUUAUCGUUGAACUUAAUCUGUAAGAAAAACUGGUCAUUAUUGGUUUACCUUUACGGCAAAAUUAUUUUGGUAAGUUUGCCAGUCUGUGCUCUAUCUGUGGCUAUAGACUAUUCUUUCUAUGGAGAAAUUAGGUUUCCAUUCGUUAAAUUCUUGGAAUUUAAUGUUCUUACACCCAUGGCGAACUUUUAUGGGAAGAUGCCUUGGCAUUUCCACAUUGUUCAAAGCUUACCGCUACUAUUAGGCUUUACUAUACCACUUUUUAUCCACUCCUUCUUCCUAAAGAGUUCUAGGAAGUUCUCUCCUUGGUUUCAAGAUCCUUUGUUCCAAAUCAGGGCAUUAUUUGUGAUUAACUUGAUUCUUUGUUCUAUUACGACUCAUAAAGAAUUUCGUUUCAUCUAUCCGAUGCAACCAAUUCUCCUCGCAUUUACAACUUUGGAUUUCCAUUACUGGCUUCGUUUGUACCAUCCAACUGAUAUAAAGAUGAGCCUUUCUCAAUUAUCUUGGUUUUUCUGGUUUCUACCAGCACUUUCUGUGUUUGGAGCAUUUAUGCUGUGUAAUUUCCAUGAAACCGGGACAAUUGAGAUUAUGAGUUACUUGCAUUCUAUACCAUCAAUCAAAAGCGUUGGCUUUGUAAUGCCAUGUCACUCCACUCCAUGGCAAUCACAUUUACAUCGAGGUGACAUCGACGACAUUUGGGCCAUAACCUGUGAGCCUCCGCUACACCUAUUGAACUCACCAGAUGUUGGAAAGGCCAUUGAUUCAUACAUAGAUGAGAGUGACUAUUUGUACUUCAACACAGCAGAGUUCUUUCAUCGAAACUUUGUACCUGUUUCCAAAGAAGUGCCUGGUCACAAGCUCACAUACGAAUGGCCCGAAUAUCUUGUCAUCUUUGAAGAAAUGGAUAAGGCAUUUAUGCAUGAGCAUUUAAAAGACACUAACUACGCAGUAGUUAAACGUUUGUUUAAUUCUAUUUUUCAUUGGGAUAGAAGAAGGAUGGGCGAUAUUGUAGUCUAUCGUAAAUUUCCAUUAAAAUGA